AUGCGGGGAGAAUCCCCAGGGCCUCCCGUGAACUCCAGAGACCCCCCAGGAGACACAGGAACCCUGGGAUCCCCUUGUCGUGCUUUUCCUUCAGAAGAAAAAGUCAGGCCAACGCCGGAGAGUGGGCCCCCUGAUACGCCGAGCAGCAGCUGCACCGACGGCUCUGACGGCUGUCGCGCUAAGGGGCGCAGUUCAAUUACUUCUGUUGUUUCGCUUAUGUCAGAAGACGGAGAACCAGAAGAAGAAAGAACCCCUUCUCCGCAUAUCGAAAGCCGGGCUGCGACGCGACCACGGCGUGCCGCAGCUGUUCGCACUAAACGUAGUACAGCGACGGUAGCAGCAGAAGCAGCAGCAGCAGCAGCACCAGCAGCCCCUGCCACUCCUCCUCCUGUUCCUGCAAGAUACAGAGAAGAACUCGAGACAGUAGAUAAAGACAUCAUCCAAAUAUUGAAUAAGGGAAUCGCGCACAGGGAUCUGCUUUCUAACAGAGAAGAAUAUAUAAAAAUGAAGAAGGCAAUGGAGGUGCCAGAAGGGGAAGAAGAAGCAGAGGGGGAGGGAGAGCAACCCCAAGGAACGGGACUGGUGCUGCAGCUGCAACGGCUGCUGCGGGUCCUCUGUGAAGGCUCUGCUCUACCACUGUCGGAGCUAGCAGAGGCAGCGAGUGCUGCCCUUGCGGACACAGGCCCUGAAGGAGACGCACCAGCGUUUGCUGUCGACCCACAAACCCUUAAAGUUGAACUCCCUGUGCUUCUCACGCGAAGGCGCUUCGGCCUAAUGCGUCCUGUAGAGCCGGAGGCCCCCCCUUCUGCUUCCGGCGCCUCUCGGGGCCCCCCUGUGGGCCCCUCAGAAGAUACUGCUGCUUACAAGCUGUGGAUAUGGGAGUGUGUGCUGCUGGAUGGCCUUCCUGCUGCCUUUAAAGAGGAGGCGCGCAAAGAAAGAGAAGCGAGACAGACGUUGUAUCGGAGGCUGCGGGCUUUGGAGAAGCUGCGCGAGGCGCUGUGUGGGGGUGUGGAGGCGGUGAUAGCAACAGCACGAGAGCGUGUGCAGCAGCAGCUGCAGCGGGAAGCAGCAGCAGCAGAGAGGAAGCAGCAGCAGGAGCACAAGAGGAGACAAAUCGAAUAUGUUAAAAUGGAGAGAGAGAGGGGACGGCGGCAGCGCGAGGAGCAGCGCGAGGAGCAGCGUAGACAGAAGGAAGCAGAAAGAGAGAAAAAGGAGAGAGAGAGGCAAGAAAAAGAAAAAGAAAAAGAAGAACAGCGACGUCAGCGGCAGCAGCAGCAAGCAGAGAAACAAAAAGUGAAGAAGACGGACCCCAGCGUGAACAGGCAGCAGAGCCUAAUGGCUUCCUGGCUGCGGCGUCCUCCCGCCCCUGUGAGCGGGGGACCCCUUGGAAGUGGGACCCCUGGAAGCGCCCAGGGUGCCAGGCCCCCCCCCGGGGGCCCUCACCAGGCCUUGGGGGUCACCACAGGAGAAGACGGCGGUCUUGUCGUUGUGCUUGAUGAGGAAGAACAAGCAGACAUCAGGCAGAAGAUGGAACUCAGAAGGGCAGCAGAGGCGGAGGCUAUCGCGUGGCGCGUAGCCCCAGAAGAUAAAGAAGAAUUUGUUGAGGUCGUCGAACGCUUAGCGGGCUCACAGCAGCAGGAGCAGCAGGAGGAGGAGAGCGACCCUUCGCAUCUGCUGCAGCAGUAUUUGGAGAGGCAUGCUGUACCCGCUCGGGACCGUCUGCGGGAGUUUGUCACCUUUUGCG